GUCUCACUGCCGCGCAGCGCAGCGCUCCCUCGCUGACUCGGAUCACCUCGCGUCGCGUCUCUUGCGUCGUCUCCCACCUCAUUUUUCCAGCUCAUUCCCGAUUUCCUUGACGGCCACCCUUCCGCUUCCGCAAGCUCUCUGAAGCUCACCGCACAUCGUGGCCUGGCCUAGCCUUGCUAAUUGCUAUUGCUAUGUACAGUAGUAUAAAAGGAAGGAAGAGCAGAGCCCCUCCAAUCUUGGACUCGCCUAAACCUAAUACCUUUCCUCGAGGACCUUGACGAAAACAGCCGCCUUUUCCUUGCCGAUUCCUCUCUCUCCUGUCUUAUAUAAAGUCGCUGCGCCGGGCUGAAUUCCAUUUCAUCUCAUUGCAGCAUCCUCCACCUCCUGCCUCUGCCUCUGCCUGCGUAGUUUGCACACCACAACCGUCUUUCGUUCCCAAGAAAGCACCGCCGCCGCUCUUCGUUCUCGAUCCCGCAAGGCCCGUCCUUCCAUGGCCAUCGCCUCCCGUGUCACGAAGCGCGCGCUGUCCACCUUCGCCGCCGCCAAGCUCCCGGAGGAGGCGGUCGCGGCCGCGGCCGCCGGCGAGGCGAUCGCGGCCACAACCGCGGCCGCGGUGCCGUUGGCGUCGUCCGAGCGGACCGCCAUCGCCAGGGCGGCGCUGCUGCAGUUCGAGGACACCGGGCGGCUGUUCGCGGGGGAGCCGACGUCGGCGCUGCUGCGCACGCUCGCCGCGCUGCAGGCGCUGUCCGUGGGCCCGCUGGUGGACGCCGCCACCGCGGCGCUGCGGUCGCCGGCGGUGGCCGGCAGCGCGCUGGGCAGGGCCGCGGCCAGGGCCACGGCGUACCGGCACUUCUGCGCUGGCGAGACCGCGGACGAGGCCGCGGCGGUCGUGCGCCGCCUCUGGCGCGGGGGCAUGGGCGGGAUCCUGGACUACGGGAUCGAGGACGCCGAGGACGGCGACGCGUGCGACCGCAACGCCGCCGGGUUCAUCUCCGCCGUCGACGUCGCCGCCGCGCUGCCUCCGGGCUCGGCGAGCGUGUGCAUCAAGAUCACCGCGCUGUGCCCGAUCGCGCUGCUGGAGAAGACGAGCGACCUGCUUCGGUGGCAGAAGAAGCACCCAUCGUUCAACCUGCCAUGGAAGACGCACUCGUUCCCGAUCCUGUCUGACUCGAGCCCGCUCCACCUGACCCCGUCGGAGCCGCCUGCGCUGACGUCGGAGGAGGAGACGGAGCUGCAGCUGGCGCACGAGCGUCUGCUGGCGGUGUGCGCGCGGUGCGCGGAGCACGGCAUCCCGCUGCUGGUGGACGCGGAGUACGCGACGGUGCAGCCGGCCAUCGACUACUUCACCUUCGUGGGCGCGCUGGCGUUCAACGACGGCGCCGGCGCCGGCGACUGCGAGCAGCGGCCCAUCGUGCACGGCACCAUCCAGGCGUACCUCCGCGACGCGCGGGACCGGCUGGAGGCCAUGGUGCGGUCGGCGGAGCGUGAGCGGGUGCGGCUGGGGCUCAAGGUGGUGCGCGGCGCGUACCUGGCCCGCGAGACCAGGCUCGCGGCGACGCUCGGCGUGCCGUCGCCGAUCCACGGCAGCAUCCAGGAGACCCACGACUGCUACAACGGCUGCGCGGGUUUCCUCCUGGACCGCGUCCGCCGGGGCACCGCCUCCGUGAUGCUCGCCACCCACAACGUGGAGUCCGGGAAGCUGGCGGCGGCGCGCGCGCAGGAGCUCGGGAUCCCCAGGGGAGACCGGAACCUGCAGUUCGCGCAGCUGAUGGGCAUGGCGGACGGGCUGUCGCUGAGCCUCCGCAACGCCGGGUUCCAGGUGAGCAAGUACCUGCCGUACGGGCCCGUGGAGCAGAUCAUCCCCUACCUCAUCAGGCGCGCCGAGGAGAACAGGGGACUCCUCUCCGCGUCGUCCUUCGACAGGCACCUGCUCCGGAAGGAGUUGGUGAGGAGGGUCAAGACCGCAGUGGUGGGAAUGGGACGUGAGUGAGUGAAGUGAACUUGCCGAGCCUGUGAUGGAUGAGGCCGUGAAGCUGGGACAAGGGCGAGUUGAAGGCUAGUAGAAGCUGUAAAUACACCCUUCAACAGUCUUCAGACAUUGAUGAUGAUGUAUCCGGGGCUUUUCUUGAAUAAUUCGAAUGAAUCGAAUAAUGUUCUUGGUAUUUUUAGGCUA